AUGGGAGUUGAUGGAAUAAGUUAUUAUGUGGGAAUAAUGUUGGGAAUAAUGUUGAUAAUGAAAUGGGGGUUGAAAAGUGUGAAUAUUUGGAUUUAUGAGAGAAAUUUGGGGAAGAAGAGGGAGUGUUUGCCACCAGGUGAUUUUGGUUGGCCUUUUGUCGGAAAUAUGUGGUCUUUCCUUCGAGCUUUCAAGUCCAACGAUCCGGAUUCUUUCAUUUUUUCUCUUGUUCAACGUUUCGGGCCGAAAGGAAUCUACAAAUCAUUUAUGUUUGGCAAUCCUAGCAUCAUCAUCACGACUCCUGAAGAGUGCCGGAGAGUACUAUGUGAUGAGGACGCGUUCAAGCCAGGAUGGCCCACUUCAACAAACGAACUCAUGGGAAGAAAAUCUUUCAGCAGACUUUCCAACAAAGAUCACAAAAGGCUUCGAAAGUUGACUGCAUCCCCAAUUAACGGUCAUGAAUCUUUGUCUAUAUACAUGAAGCACAUUGAAACUAAUGUUGUUUUGUCAUUGGAAAAAUGGUCAAAAAUGGGACGAAUUGAGUUACUUACUGUUCUUCGAAAGCUAACUUUUGAAGUCAUCAUGGACAUUUUCAUAAGCUCGGAGAGCGAACACCUAAUGGAUGGGUUGGAGAAAGAGUAUAAAACACUUAAUUAUGGUGUUAGAUCAAUGGCAAUCAAUAUACCCGGUUUUGUGUACUAUGAAGCACUUAAAGCACGAAAGAAACUGGUGGCAAUUUUACAACCGAUUGUUAGAGAACGUAGAAAUAAACGAGAGGCAACUCAAGGGAUGUCCACGAAGGACAUGCUUGACGCUCUCGUGGACACAGAAGAUGAGAAUGGAAAACGACUAGAUGAUGAAGAUAUCAUUGAUACAUUAAUCAUGUAUUUGAACGCGGGUCAUGAAUCUUCAGCACACCUCACUAUGUGGGCAACUAUCCUUCUUCAAGGACACCCUGAGUAUUUCCAAAUCGCCAAGGAAGAACAAGAAAGGAUAGUAAAAAAUAUGCCACCAGGACAGAAGGGUUUGACCCUAGAAGAGUUUAGGCAGAUGAAGUAUCUUUCACAGGUGAUUGAUGAAACACUGCGUUUAGUAACGUUUUCAACCACGACAUUUCGUGAAGCCACAAAAGACAUUGAUAUCAAAGGAUACAUCAUUCCUAAAGGAUGGAAAGUGUUGCUUUGGUAUAGGAGUAUACACCAUAAUCCUGAAAUUUAUCCCCAACCCAAAGAAUUUAAUCCUUCAAGAUGGGAUGAUCUUGUACCAAAAGCAGGAACUUUUCUUCCAUUUGGAGCAGGAACGAGACAUUGUCCAGGGAACGACCUUGCAAAGUUAGAGAUCGCCAUCUUCCUACACCAUUUUCUUCUUAGUUAUAAGUAA